AUGGAUAAAUUUGAGAAGCGUCUUAAUUAAGUAAAUAUGGGAACACCAAAAAAUCCUGUUAUUCAAUAAUCCACUCUUAAAUAAACUGAUGCAGCAAAGAGUUAUGCUUCUUUUAAUGAUUUUAAUAAGAUAGGAGAUUAAUAUGAUAAUGAAGCUGUUAAUUUAAGAUCAUAAGUUUAAAUAUUAGAAGGAAAGCUAUAAUUUUAUGAAAGAGAAUUUUAAAUCAAAGUAAUAAUAAUAUUGUUACAAAUUUAAGUAAGCAUCUCUAGAGAAACGAAUAUAAUAAUUGAUAUCUACUUCAUCAUAACUAACUCAAUAGAAUACACAACUAAAGUUAUAAUAUUCAGCAUUAUUGAAUGAAUAUCAACUUCUUUAAGAGAAAUUGAUAUAAUAAGAGAAAGGAUAAAAGGAAUAUGAAGAGAAAGUGAGAUUAUAACUUGACAGUUUGAAUAAAUUCUAAGUGGAAAAAGAACAAUUAAUAUAAUAUGCAAAUAAAUGUAGAGAAAGAUCUAAAUAAAGGAAAUUAAAAGUAAAAGAUUUGACAACUAAAGUAUAAGAGUAAUAAGAAUAAGCAAAAUAAUAUGAAUUAUAAUUAGAAUAAGUUAACAUAGAAAAAUAAUAGAUUUAUGAUUAAUUUCAAUAAUAAAUUAUGUUGUUAUCAGAAUAGAAUGAAGAUUGGUAAAUGAAAUAUGAAGCAAUAGUGGAAAAUUUCAAGAAUCAUUUGGCAGAUUAAAAUGAUAGCUAAUAAGAAGAACAAUUAUUAGCUACUCAUACAAUAUUAGAUUAACGAGAAGCUUAAACUGUUUAAUAACAAUUAGAGAAUCUAAGUCUAUUAAAUAAAGAAUUAAACCAAUUAUUGAGUUAAUUGAAAAAUGCCAAUUAAAUUAAUUCUUAAUUAUUUGAAAUGCCUCAAAUAAAGGAAUUAGCAGAGAUGUUUACAAGAAUGAUAGAUAAAUUAAUGGAAUUAUAAUAAAAAAAAACUUAACUUAAGGAAUAACUUAAAGUAUACUUAUAUAAAUACAAUUAUUUUUAGUAAAAUUAAUUCCAUUUAUAGCAGUAGGUUUCAAUCAAAUCUAGUUCUGGGAAUUAGAGUCCAAACAUGCAUGAUGAGAGAACUAAAAUGCUCUUUGAAUAAAGAAUUCUUGAAUUAGAGCAGUAUGAAUGAUUUAAUACUAGAUUUUAUUAGAAAGAUAAGAAACAAGAAAAGGUUCGAUCGAUUACUCAACCUAAAUAUAAUGAUCAAAAACUAAAAUUAGUAAUGUCAGUUAUAUCCUAAAUGUUCGAAGAAUUUCUAAUUUAACAAAGAAAUUUGUCUCUAAUAAAUCAAUAAUUGAAUGAGAUGUAAUAAGAUCUCAGAAUUAAACCAAAUAAAAGACUUUUCAAAGUAGUGACUUGGAUCAUUAUAGCUAUACAUCGUAUUAAAAAAAUUAAGAAUUCUUCAUAUUAUUAAUAAUUUGUAUAAUACAAUAAAUUAAGAAUAGAAAUGCCAAUUAUAGAUUCAUUCAAUUAAAUUUUGGAACUUGUAACAACUUAAUAAUCUUUAAUUGAUACAUUGUAAAGAGCUAUUGAACAAAAAGGAUCUGAUAGGGGAAUAUAAGAAUAAGAAAUAUAGUAAAUGGUUGAUUAAGAAUUAAGAGAAUAAUUAAUGGCCUUAUAAAUUGAACUUGAUAAUAAUAAUAAAAAGAUGAUUGAAUAUAAACGUAAAUCAGAAUAAGAUAUUGAAGAAAGAGAUUAAAUUAUUCUUGAACUAUAAUAAUAGCUAUAAGAAGUUCCUAAUGAUUACAAUUAAGAAUUGCUAGAGCAUUUGGAGGAUUAAAAUAAUAGAGUCAAAAAUAUUGAAAAUGAAUUUAAUGUUAUACAGGAUCUGGUCAAUUCAUUGAUGUGA